AUUGCGCUGCAGGGCCUGUGACGUCAGCGCGGUGUCGCUGGGCAGGUAUAAGUAGUGGCGGGCAGCGGGUCACUGAGAGUCGGAGCGGUGGAAGCAACAGGAGGAAGUGGGCGAACUCGCGCGCUGCAGAAAAUGCCUGCUAUUAAGCUACAAAGCUCAGAUGGAGAGAUCUUCGAAGUUGAUGUGGAAAUAGCAAAGCAGUCGAUCACAAUCAAAACAAUGUUGGAAGAUCUAGGUAUGGAUGAUGAAGGUGAUGAUGAUCCAGUGCCACUCCCAAAUGUGAAUGCUGCUAUUCUGAAAAAGGUGAUCCAGUGGUGUACACAUCAUCGAGAUGACCCUCCCCCACCAGAGGAUGAUGAAAACAAAGAAAAACGAACUGAUGACAUACCAGUGUGGGAUCAGGAGUUUCUGAAAGUCGACCAGGGCACACUCUUUGAACUAAUACUGGCUGCAAACUACCUUGAUAUCAAGGGUCUUCUUGAUGUAACUUGCAAAACAGUGGCAAACAUGAUUAAAGGAAAAACUCCUGAAGAAAUUCGCAAAACAUUCAACAUUAAGAAUGAUUUCACUGAAGAAGAGGAGGCACAGGUACGAAAGGAGAAUCAGUGGUGUGAAGAGAAGUGAUCCAAUGAGGAAAUGUGCAGUUCAAUGGAAGAUCUUUUGCCUGCACAAUUUAUUAAUCACUAUUAGCUUGUGAUACUUUAAAAUAUAGUGUCAAGAUAACCGUGCAUAAACAUUUGUAAUAGUGUUAGUUUUGAGCUUAAUGCUUGGUUCAUGAAACCAGUUUUUUUUUGUUUGUUUUUUUUUUCAAGCAGUGUUUCCAGCAUAUUUAUUACUUCAUCAUGUGAGUUUUCCCUUGUUGCUGUUUGGAAUUAAAGUUGUGUAAAGAACUCCACUGGCAGUAUGAUAGCAAUUAGAAUUCAAAACUUUUUUUUGUUUCUUAACUUGUAAUUAGAUUUUACUUUUUAUUUUGUAUGGUCUAUUCAGGUUUUCAAAAGACCCUCUUAUUGUCUAAAGUGGGCCCCAUUCCUUUUUUUUAAAUUUGAGGGAAUACAUUGUAUCAUAGCUACUAGCUAAUUCAGGUUUUUCUUUUAAACCAGCUAAAUAUCAUGGCUCUUAGGGUAUUUUUGCACUGCAUUAAGCUUGAGUGGACUGUCCAGUGAUCUUUCGGGAUACAUUCCUGCUCUAUCAAACACAAAAUUGUUUUUGAAAACUUUAACUUAAUAUUCACUGCAUGGAUUGAAAUGCCCUGUGAGUGGUUAAGACUGAGCGGAGGUACUGGUUUAAAUAAAUGACCUAUGCUGAAAGCA